AUGGGUCCGUUCACAGCAGGAUCAUUGUCAGGUAUGCGACAGAGCUUAGGGCUGAUGCGCUCCUCCUCUUCCUCCCUCCCUUUCUCUCUCGCUCCUGCAAAUGUCCGGGCAUUCCACCAAACGGUGCUGCGGGCAGGUGUUCAAAUCGAGCGAAUCACUCCCGGUGAUGGCAAGACUUUUCCUCAAAAGGGACAAACCGUCUCCAUCCACUACACUGGCACGCUGGAGAAUGGAAGCAAGUUCGACUCUAGCCGUGACCGCGGAUCGCCUUUCCAGGUGAGACAUUUGCGUUGAUGCUCACAAUCCUUCCGCAGCACAUGUGCUGAUCAUCUUUGCAUCAUUACCAUGCGUUUCGAAUGGUAGACUGCCAUCGGCGUAGGCCGUGUGAUCCGAGGUUGGGAUGAGGGUGGUGAGUGGUAGAGCCAAGAGUGCUGGUAAGCAUGAAGGCGUCGCUUUUAUGCUUCUUCUCACACGCGACUCUCUGCAGUCCCUCAACUGAGCGUUGGCGAGCGCGCCAAGCUCACCAUCACUCCUGACUACGGCUACGGUGCUCAGGGCUACCCCGUGAGUUACCCUUGGGUUAGGCGCUCAAUGGCCGGGUAGCCUUCACGUACGAGGCUAACUUGUCCUCUCUCGCCUUCAUGCCUCCCACUCCAGCCUGUCAUUCCUGCCAACAGCACCCUCAUUUUCGAUGUUGAGCUGCUUGCUGUCCAGUAA